AUGAUUGAGCAACGAGUUGCGAAGGGCACUGUGCGCUGGCCGUCGGUGUCUGAGAUGCUCGUUACGAAGGGCGUGCUCUGGUGGGUCUGGGAGGCUCUGAGCAAUCAAAGAAGUGCACGAGCGUAUCCAUAUCCUACUUUGAUGCCAUCGGAAGACUUCCUCAAUGGCAACUGGACGUCGAGCGUAGUAGCUACUCACGUCUCAAGUGAGAUCGACAAGAUUGCAGCUUCGUGGCGGCACGCGCUGCCGUUGUUGAUGAUUGUGGCGGCUGCUGGAGCUUUUACUAUCAACUACUUGAGAAAGAAACCUCUUAUAGUUCGUAAAGAGACUGUAGCAGUGGUUGCGGAGCCCAAGGGUUUGAUGGAAGAUACACCGGAAAAGACACUGGGAGAUGAGGUACCUCCGAGGCUACAAAUUGAUGCCGGACGUCAACUAGCAUCGUUCGAAAAGGAAACAGGUGCUGUUUCGACAAUCAAAGAGGUCAUUGGCCUGACUUCUGCAGAGCCUCGUCCUGCUGCAAAGUCGAUGUCAUCAAUCUCUGCGACAAGCAUGUUGGAGACAAGUCCAAGAAAGAAGCGAGUCAUCAACAAAGUAGCGAUCAAUUUGGCCCUAUCGGAAGUUUCGAUCACCAUCGAUAUCCCACCAUCGUCGUCAGAUCAUUCCGACGAUGCCGCCAUCGUCCAACUCUCGGAGCUACUGGAGAGAUGGUGA